CCACCUCUACCACCACCGCCGUCGCCGCCGCCGCCACCACCGUCACUAUCACCAUCACCACCGUCACUUACCUCUCCACUACCACCAGUACGUCACCGCCACCUCCACCGUAGUCAUCACCGUCACCGCGGUCACCUCUACUCUACGCUCCACCGUCUCUCUCCUCCCUGCUGAUCUUCCCACCUUCCGCGACCGUGGAAGAAGAGCGCGGCGGCCACCGGCGCGGCGGUUAUCUCAGUGUUACGGCCAGAGAAUAGAGUCGCGCAGACGUUGCUCUAUUUCGGCUCUAGGCACGCUCUCGCAGCCCCGGCACAGCCGUCAAACCUCGCGCAAACUUCCGCGACCGUUUAUACGAACAUCUACUGGCGGAGUGAGAGAGAAAGGGCUGUUUAAUCGGGAUACUCUCUCUGUUCUCCGUUGUCCGUCGUCCUCGGGGGAAUUACCGCGCGCGGGAUGUUCGAUUGACUUCCGCAGUGGAAGUGGAUACGCGAGUCGGACGCGCAUAAGUGGAGGAGGACCUAUACAGCAGCCACAAGUGGUGAACGGAUAUUGCGGACGUAUAUAUCCGUGUAUACGCGCCGUGCACACCUUUCGCUUUCUACGAGUGAUACUGUGAUUCGUGAUAGAGACCUCAGGUAAUACUCGGAAGCUGCUCUCUUCUCACCGGACGAUCGCGAGGGGUCGAAGGUGAUCGGGUACAUGGCUAACGCGAGGAUGGAUCGGAAGAUUACAUUAUAUAUCGCCAUUUGGAUGCUGACGGUGAUCACGCCGAGGUGUCAGGCGACCCAUCAUGAACACGCGGAGGUGGAUGGGAACUCCGAAGAUUCUAUUAUCGAUGACGCGACCGAGGAUUAUUGGGCGAGUAGCGGAUCGGGACCCGAUGAGGAUGAUUCCCCUCAUAACGAAACCAGAGAAGCGUUAACUCACGAGGCCAGCGACCACGAUACUGUCGUGUAUGUUGGCGAUGGCUCCGCUUAUGUGCCAAUUCCAUCGUUGAAGAGCAGACCCGUAAAUCCGAAUCUUCAAGCCCUUCAAACUCUUCAAGGCCUGCAAGGGCUUUCUGCAGGAGGAGGUACAGGCGUAGUCGGUGAUGAAGAUUGGAGGCGACACCCAGAGACCUGGGACCGCGAACAUCGAAGAUACAGACCCAACACGACGCGAGUGCAACAUAUCGAGGCGGAAUGUCAAGAUGACUAUAUGAAAAUCAGGAUUGGAUUCAACGGAUCUUUUGCCGGCCUCUUAUAUUCAGCAGGCUACUCGUACGAUCCCGAUUGCAUGUACGUUAACGGGACGGGCCGCGACUACUAUGAGUUCUACAUUCAGCUGAAUCGAUGCGGCACCCUCGGCGAGAACACUCAUCAUCAGGACAGCAGGAAGAAUCCGACGAAAAAUCUCAUGUGGAACACGGUCACGGUGCAGUACAAUCCAUUGAUAGAGGAGGAAUUCGAUGAGCACUUUAAGGUGACUUGCGAGUACGGUUACGACUUUUGGAAGACGGUGACAUUUCCCUUCCUUGAUGUCGAAGUCGCCACGGGAAAUCCCGUAGUCUUCACCCUGCAGCCUCCUGAAUGCUACAUGGAAAUCAGAUACGGUUACGGGACCACUGGAACUAGAGUGGCUGGACCAGUUCGCGUCGGCGAUCCCCUGACUCUCAUUAUCUACAUGCGCAGUAAAUAUGAUGGCUUUGAUAUCGUUGUGAACGAUUGCUACGCGCAUAAUGGCGGGAACAAAAGAAUUCAACUGAUCGAUCAAUACGGAUGUCCGGUCGAUGAUAAACUGAUCAGCCGGUUUCGGGGCUCCUGGUCGGAGAGUGGCUUGUUCGAGACACAAGUCUUCGCUUACAUGAAGACCUUCAGGUUCACGGGAUCACCGGCCCUGUAUAUCGAAUGCGAUGUUCGCAUGUGCCACGGAAGAUGCCCGAGUCAACCUUGCCACUGGAGAAACGCAAAGAAUGUAGUAAAACGAUCAGUGUCAGAAAUGAUCGGUGGAACAUCGACACCGGCAACUAGUUUGUCGGAGAACGUGAAUCUCUUCCAGUCUCUUCGCGUUCUUCAGGAAGGCGAGGCGGACACGGAACUGUUCCAGAAUUCCACGAGCGCUUUUCGCAGUGGACUUAGCGAAUCUACAACUGACAGAGUGUGCUUAAGAUCUUCGGUGGCCAGUACAAUAGUGGGAGUCGGCUGCGGAUUCUUUUGUAUCAUGGCCGGCACGAUACUGGUCAUGUGCUCGCGAAUGCGACGACACGCGCGAGAAAAAUUAUUGUCGGACAGCAUAAGUUACAUGACGCAUAAGGGCCGAAUCAAUUAAAAACAGCGGAGAAACCUGUUUCUUCUCUUCUUCAUCUCGAUCGGCGAUAUCCUCGCAUCUCUCUCGCAUCUCUCGGGAGUUGUGAAGAAGAGAUCGCACUGCCGAUAAAAUAGAAACGCGAAAAUAAUAUGUUGUUAAGGUAGAGAAUUACCGAUAUAAAUGACUGAGCUGUCGAUAAGCUGACGAUAUUGGCUGAUAAAAGUAUAAUUAUGUGAUGCGACAAUGAUAAAUUAAUUUUUUACGAAUUGCAAGAAUAGGAAAUUUGUAAAAAUUUCAAAAGGGUUUUGUAUGUGUACUACUUUGUACUUAUUAACUUCUUAAGGUAAGUGUGGGAUUGAUAUAGUGCGAAGUGCCUUACAUAUAUUGAUAGUCGUUGAUAAUUCAGAUUUCCAUGGAUAAAAUAGGUUCAUCCAUCUUUCGUGCGCGAAUGCUUUUUAUAUAAAUAAUAUUCGCUGCUAUACUCUCGCUUCUCUCUUAAUUAUCGGAAUAUUAAUCGAUAUCCAUUCGUCAAUUGAUGUUUGUAUCGCGAGUGACGUAUCCGUAGCGAGUUAUCGCUCGUCGAUUAAUAGAAUUUAGUAGCCGUCGAUAUAUUGCCAGGAUCUCGGUGCCGAAUGUGCGAUCAAUGAAAUAAGACUUCGAUUGUUUCGACCGCCGCACGAUUAUUAUUAAUUCGUGAUUUAAUACAGUGCACUGACAAUCGACAUUUUUUUUUUUUAUUGCUUAUCUCGAUCUCACAAGCGGCAUAUAUUGAGAUCAAGACGAACGUAACGUAAGUAACGACGCUUAAUUGCCGUUGAUAAGAUUCACUACUUAUAUUUCUAUCUAUGCGUGGCAUUAUUCACCAUAUUCAGGAACGUGAAAAUUGAUUGUAUGAUUAUAUCUCACUAACAGUUUAAUCAUUUUUAAAUAUCAUUAAAAUAAUAAAUAAAAAAAUGUAUAUUUAGUAGAACUUAUUGUUAGUAAAAUGAAAAAAAAGAUAUAUAUGUAUAAUAUAUAAGGAAAAAAUAUCAAAUUAGUAUCAAUCGAAUAUCAACAAAUCAAACAUAUAAUAAAAGAAGCUUUAUUUAUUAUUAUAAAAAAAUUUAUAAAAUGAACAAAAUUUAUUUUAUAUUAACAUAACAUAUAUUAAUAUGUUUGUAAAUAAUUCACAUUGUUUACACAGUGUUUACUAAAAUAAAAAGAUAUACAUGCUAUUUGUGAUUUUCUUAAAUAUUUUAAAUUUAUAUAUAAUUGAGAGAUAACGUUUUUGAAAAGCAUGGCCAUUUCAUGAUUCUUGAAAAUCAAACAAUUUCGUGUCAUUAUUGAUCGUUAUGUAUAUUUAAUCAGAUACGAGGAAAAAUUAAAUUAGUCGGGUCGCAUCGUUCCUGAAUGUUCGUAAAUAAUGUGUUAAGAUUUAAUUAAAUAUCAUUAUAUAACAAACGAAAAAUAUAUCUAGGUUUAUAUUUUAUACACACGAUAUACACAACAUCGAAGAUGCGAACCUUCGUUGAUAUACGGAGGAAAAGAAAGAACCAAGAAAAUUAUACAGAAUCGCAUAUCGGGUAUACGGCCAGCGAGGAUUAAAUAAUAUUUUACGAAACUAUCCCGUAUAUAUGUGAGCGAGGCUAGCGAAAGAGUCGUAGCUAAUUCAGAGAGCUCGUCAAAGGGUCUCUCUUAAUAUUUAUUCAGAAAUUCGCUGAUCUCGCCGCGCAAAUCUUUUUGCCACCGUGUAAAAUAUUAACUUCCCCUCCUGGUUGUUUCCCUUUACAAACACCUUCGUACAAUUUAAUCUUGAAGCAUCUUUUCAUUGCUCCACAUUGAUCCCAAUCCCCGAUGACUCUCCCUUCCGUCUUUCGAGCGUCAAGCCACAAGUAUAUCAGGACACAACUACUCGAUUAAUUACCUGUAAAUAUAGUCUUAUAUCGUGACUCAUAAUAUUUAUGAUUAAGCUCGAGUGUAUCAAGGUUUCCAAUAAAUAAUAG